AUAAAAAAAAAUUAACUAAUGACCCUUUGCAACUUUUUUUUGUAUUUAUUUCAGGUAUCUGUCAACAGGAGACUCAUUCAGAUCAAUAGCUUUUAGCUAUAGAGUGGGUUACUGCACAGUGGCAAGGGUGGUGAGAGAAGUUUGUGAGGCAAUAUGGUCUGUCAUGGUCCAGGAUUAUAUGCCCUACCCUGAACAACACCACUGGAAGAGGAUUGCUGAAGACUUUCAUAGGCUUUGGAACUUCCCCAACUGUCUUGGAGCAAUCGAUGGGAAGCAUGUAAGCAAUACAGGCCCCAUCAUCAACAGGGUCCAUGUAUUUCAACUACAAAGGGAGCUUCUCAAUCGUCCUCCUAGCUGUAGUUGAUGCCCGGUACCUGUUCCAGAUGGUGGAUGUGGGGGCAUAUGGAAAAAGCAGCGAUGGUGGGACCCUCUGUGCCUCAAACUUCGGCAAGGCCCUCCACCAGGGGACCCUUGACCUGCCAAAUGAUGCCGCUUUACCAGGAGCAGAAGACCUUCAGCCUGUGCCACAUGUGUUUGUGGGUGAUGAGGCUUUUCCUCUGAAGAGGCACCUUCUCCGACCCUACCCUGGAAAACACCUUGACAGAGAGAAGCGUAUAUUCAAUUACCGUCUUUCCCGUGCCAGGAGGAUGGUGCACAUUCGGGAUCCUUGCUGCCCAAUGGAGACUCUACCACAGAGUGGUGGGUGUCUCACCAAAAGUGCCAGAUGCAGUGGUGAAGCCCACUUGCAUCCUUCACAAUUUCCUACGGUAUGAGGAUGCUGAUGUAGAGGAAGGAUAUUGUGCCCCCCUGCCAUCCGAGCCACAGUUUGCCAUGCAGCCCAUCCAGCGAGUAGGCAGCAACAAUGCCUCUAGGGAAGCACUAGAAGUUAGGCAAAAGUACACCACCUACUUCUCCUCUCCAGCAGGUGGAGUUGCAUGGCAGCAUUCUGUCAUCUAAUGCCUCACAAUAACUCCCACCACCAUCAGGACCACUGCCAUCAGUAACAUCCAUUUCAUUUCAGUAACUUCCAUUUAAUUUAACAUGUCAAUCCUACAAUUCUUUAAAAAGAUAUAACGUUAAUAGCACUUAUUACACAAAACAGAUAACAUUGAGGUUAACGUAGUAUGCUAUACUACCUCUGGUGUUACCAUAGACUCAAGGAGAGCCACUACACUGACAUCCUCAUCACUAUUCUGCCUGAAAUUGCUAGAGGUGUCCCUGUCCGUGAUGUAUGGCUCCAGGAAGCUGAGGACGGACAUAUACUUCCACCUCCAACUGCCUCCUGCUGCCCCUGAACCUGACUUCUUUCUCUCUUUCUCUUCAUU